GUCAAAACCACGUUACCUUCAGUUUGGGACUUGGGUAGAAGCCUAAUAUUUUUAUACCUUAAAAACAAAUAGUAAAUUAUCAAAAUGGCUCAAGGUAAAAUGAAAGUGAAAAGCAAGUUACCUUCAGGUGCCAAAAACAAAACAAAAAAGUCCAAAGGAAAAGCCGUAACUAAAAGAAGCAACGCCCCAGUCCGUAGUAAGACGCAGGCAAUAGAGAAAAAUAAGAUGAAGGCUACUGUAACGAAGAUGGUCAAUAAAGCUGCUGAGCAGCAAUUGCGGUCACUGGCGAAGGACACUCCGCAGCUGUCUGCAGCCCAGCAGAGAGUAGCCGCUGCUCCAACAGCGCCUGUACCUUCUAAAUAAAUAUAUAACCUAAAAUGCUUUUGGCUGUGUCAAGGUUUCUUUUGCGUUGUUUUUAAUCAAAAAUCAGAGUGCAAAAUUAUUGAAAAAUGUGUGUAAGUUAUAUUAUCAACAUUUUAAAGAGCACAUAUACACUUGAUUAAAAAAGGUCAUCAUUUAAACUAACAUUAUUGUUUAUGGCUGUCUUAAAUAUUUGUGUAAAUAACAAGAUUUCUUUAUCAAAUAUGUAUAAUUUGCUACUAAACUUAUUAUUUUGUUAAGGAAUUAACUUGACUUUAACACAUAUAUCCUUUUUAAAGUAACAAAUUUCUUUUUGCUGUAUGUAAGUUCAAAGUGUAUUUAAAAAAAACAAAACUUUUGAUAUAUUGAGAUGUAAAUAUAGGUCAUAGGUAUGUACUUUGUAAAAUU